CGGAGCCGUGGGCCGCGGGCCGCGGGGGCGAGGGUCUCGCGUUGCUCUCUCGGCCCAAUCGGCUUCCUUUCUGGCCCGUUGCUAGGGCCGCCUGACCCCGUUGCUAAGGACCCCGGAGGUGCUGAGCGCGCCUUUCCUUCCUGGGCUUCGGCUUUGGCCGAGAGUAGCACUGGUUGGCCUUAAUUGAAACUGGUUGCGUUCCCCCCCGACUCCUCCCCUACCCCCCCUUAAAAAAAUCCCUGUUUUUCUCCAUUUUUUCCUUUAUGUCCUCCUCAUUUUCUAACUUUGACAACACCCCGGCCCUGAACUGGUCUUAGGUAUUUGGAAAUAUAUGGUGUUGGAGGGGGCGUGGCUAGGAAAAUGGAAAGCAGAUUUUAAGACCCUUAGUACUGGCCCUUUGGAUGUACUUUAUGGUAAAAAGGGAUUGAGAUAGGUGAAUGUUGGGUUCUGUCGCUGGCCUUUGGUGUUUGAAGGAGCUUUAAGAGAUGGAACACGGCUUUAGUACGGCGCCUGUUACACUUUCAGAACGUUGCAGACACCGGAUUAGAGAGUAGGAAAAAACGUGGCCUCUGUCCCUGAGAAUUUAGCAAGCAAUUUAGUGCUGUGGUCUCAAAGCUGUGUGCGGGAAGAAAGUGCAUGUAGGGAAAGAAAUAGGAAAGAUGAGCUGUCCAGAACAAUGAAAGGACAGUAUGUUUUCCAAGCAUUGGCACAGAUGCCUACAGCCCCUUGUAGAUGACCUAAGGACACCUAAGGGAAAAGUGAGGGUUCCACAGUGGGGGGGCCCUGCUUGGUUUGUUCGCUCUCUGAUAUUGUGACAUCAUUUAGGAAUUCGGGAGUAAAAGGGAAGCAAUGCAGAAAUCAGAGUACCAUGGAGGUGUACAGUUGAGAAGCAGAGUGACAGAUAAUUGUGAUCAAAGGAUUUCAUCAAGCAGACAAAUAAAACAUAGGACUACAGGUCAACGAAGCAAAUCUUCAUCAUCAACCAGUUCGCCAGAGUCUACAAGAAAACAUCCUCGACCAAGUGAUAAACUUAACCCUAAAACAAUUAACCCAUUUGGUGAACAGUCACGAGCCCCUUCCGCAUUUGCAGCUGUUUACUCUAAAGGAGGUAUUCCUUGCAGAUUGGUCCAUGGUUCAGUAAAACACAGAUUACAGUGGGACUGUCCUCCAGAAAAUCUUCCAUUUGAUCCUCUUCUUAUUACUUUAGCUGAGGGUCUGAGAGAGACUAAACAUCCAUACACCUUUGUGUCGAAGGAGGGUUAUAGAGAAUUACUUUUGGUCCAGGGUGCUCCUGAAAAAGCUGUGCCUUUGCUUCCUAGACUGAUUCCUGUGCUAAAGGCAGCUCUGGUCCAUUCGGAUGAUGAAGUGUUUGAAAGAGGAUUGAAUGCUCUGGUACAGCUCAGUGUUGUUGUUGGUCCUUCUCUAAACGACCAUCUGAAACAUCUACUUACAAGUCUUUCCAAGAGACUGAGGGACAAGAAAUUCAAAGAGCCAAUCACCAGUGCGUUACAGAAGCUAGAGCAGCAUGGUGGAAGUGGAAGCCUUAUCAUCAUCAAAGCUAAAAUUCCAACAUAUUGCUCCAUAUGCUGUUGAAGGAGACAGCAAAAAUCUUCUUACUACCUCGUGUUAAAUGCUGACCAUGGCCGGAACCUGUGGAACCUUUUCAGAUGCACUUCAGUUUAUGCUUUUGUAAAUCACAGCCACCAUUCAUUUUUUACUAGUUUAAGAUAAGUAUAUACAAUUCCACUAAAUCAUAGUAAAAGUUAUUCUUCAACGAAAAGAAUGGUUAAUGAUAGAAAGCUAUUAAAGAAAGUUCUAUAAUA